AUGAAGAAGCUUUUCACAUUAUGGAGAAGGAAGGAUGAGCCCCACACCCAGCCAGGCUACAAUCUUAGAGAUAAGGAUUUAAAGAAACUUCACAAAGCUGCCUCGGUUGGGGAUUUAGAGAAGGUGAAGGAGUAUCUUCAGCUCAAGAAACAUGAUGUGAACAUGCGGGACAGAGAACACAGAACAGCUUUGCACCUGGCCUGUGCUAAUGGAUAUUCAAAUAUUGUAUCUCUCUUAAUUGAGAAACAGUGCAAAGUAAAUGUCUGGGAUGGUGAAAACAGAUCUCCAUUGACUAAGGCAGUACAGUGUGACAAGGAGAGUUGUGUUACUAUUCUUCUAGAACAUGGCGCAGACCCAAACCUGGUGGAUUUAUAUGGCAAUACUGCUCUUCAUUAUGCUGCUUGUCAUCAAAGUGACUCAUUAGUUGCAAAAUUGCUUGAACACAAAGCUAAUCUUGAAGCUCAAAAUAAGGAUGGGUAUACUCCACUUUUACUUGCCAUUACUGAAAAUAAUGCAGAAAUGGUAGAAUUUCUUCUGAAGAGUGGGGCAGAUGUGAAUGCUUCAGAUAAGAAUCAAAGAACAGCCCUUAUGAUUGCUCUCAGUGAUGAACCAACAAGUUUAGUCAGUCUUCUUCUUCAGCAAGAGGUGAACCUAUCUUGUCAAGAUAUUAUGGAUUCACAGCUGAGGAAUAUGCUUCUUUCAAUGGUUUUACUAUGCUGA